UCCAAACUCAGCCAGGCUGCCGUGUAUAUAAGGCCAAGGGAUGCGUCUUGCGCUGCAGUGUUCUUCGCGUUAGAAAGAAUGGAGGGCCUCCUCGUCUGUCUGAUGGCCCUAGCGCCCUGCCUCUCCGCCGGAGGCCGCCUCAGCAGCGGAAGGAUCGCCAGCAGCUACCUGCCUCCCUCCAAGGGUUUCUCAGGGUCUAGGGUGAGAUCCUUCGGCGGCAGGCCAUCUGGGGGAUCCUUCGGCAGUAGAUUCAGCUUCUUCGGAUCAGGCGGUGGAGGAUCAUCUGGCAGUUCCUUCGGCAGUGGAGGAUCCUUCGGCGGCAGGCCAUCAGCGGGAACUUUCAGCAGUGGGUCAGCCGUUGGUGGAAUUUCGAGCAGUUAUCUACCUCCCUCUGCAGGAUCCGUCGGAGCAGGCUCAAGCUUAGGAUCUGGUGGCGGCGUGUCCUUCCCUGGUGGAUCAUUUGGAGGAUCCUUCAGUGGUGGAUCAAGUGGAGCUUCUUUCGGAAGUGGAUCAUCCGGCAGUUCCUUCGGUGGUGGAUCAAGUGGAGGAUCCUUCAGUGGCGGAUCAUCUGGCGGUUCUUUUGGCGGUGGAUCAAGUGGACUUGGGACUUACCUGCCUCCCUCCAAAAGACCCGUUGGCACAGGGUCAAGUGGAGGAUCCUUUGGUGGUGGAUCAAGUGGAGGUUCCUUUGGUGGUGGAUCAGGUGGAGGUUCCUUUGGUGGUGGAUCAAGUGGAGGUUCCUUUGGUGGUGGAUCAAGUGGAGGUUCCUUUGGUGGUGGAUCAAGUGGAGGUUCCUUUGGUGGUGGAUCAGGUGGACUUGGGACUUACCUGCCUCCUUCCAAAAGACCCGUUGGCACAGGAUCAAGUGGAGGAUCCUUUGGUGGUGGAUCAGGUGGAGGUUCCGUUGGUGGUGGAUCAAGUGGAGGAUCCUUUGGUGGUGGAUCAAGUGGAGGAUCCUUUGGUGGUGGAUCAAGUGGAGGUUCCUUUGGUGGUGGAUCAAGUGGCGGAUCCUUUGGUGGUGGAUCAAGUGGAGGAUCCUUUGGUGGUGGAUCAAGUGGAGGAUCCUUUGGUGGUGGAUCAAGUGGAGGUUCCUUUGGUGGUGGAUCAAGUGGAGGAUCCUUUGGUGGUGGAUCAAGUGGAGGUUCCUUUGGUGGUGGAUCAAGUGGAGGAUCCUUUGGUGGUGGAUCAAGUGGAGGUUCCUUUGGUGGUGGAUCAAGUGGAGGUUCCGUUGGUGGUGGAUCAAGUGGAGGUUCCUUUGGUGGUGGAUCAAGUGGAGGUUCCGUUGGUGGUGGAUCAGGUGGAGGUUCCGUUGGUGGUGGAUCAAGUGGAGGUUCCUUUGGUGGUGGAUCAAGUGGAGGUUCCGUUGGUGGUGGAUCAGGUGGAGGUUCCGUUGGUGGUGGAUCAAGUGGACUUGGGACUUACCUGCCUCCUUCCAAAAGACCCGUUGGCACAGGAUCAAGUGGAGGAUCCUUCAGUGGCGGAUCAUCUGGCGGUUCUUUUGGUGGUGGAUCAAGUGGAGGAUCUUUCGGCGGUGUCCUUUCUGGCAGCUUCCUUCCGCCUUCCAUAUCUUUCAAUGGUGGAUCAUCUGGGAGUUCAUCUGGUGGAUCCUUCGGAACCGGCUCAUUUGGAGGACCUUUCGGAAGUGGAUCAACUAGCGGCUCCGGUGGAUCUGGAAGUGGAUCAGGUGGUUCUGAAAUCUCUAGCAGUUACCUUCCUCCUGUAGGGAAAUAAAACAUUGAAAGUUGAA